AUGACAAAUAACGGACAGAGAAUUGGUGAUUCUUUCUACCAUAACUAUUCUUCACAACACCCAUACCAACAGCAUCGACACCCUGAUGCGGAUGUGUCUCGCAAUCAAGCCUCUAUAAGCGUACCUACCCUGAACACAUAUCCGUUUGACGGUGAUUUUCCAACAACACAGCAAUAUUCACAAUACUCACAACAUCCUGAAUAUUCUCAACAAUCGCAACACCUACAAUACUCACAUCGUCCACAAAAUGGCCCAACACCAAGGAUCUCCGUUCAUCCUGUUCAUCCUGUUCAGCCAUAUGAAGGGCGUACAUCUUCGUUGACAUCGUUGACAUCGUUGACAUCGCGGAUGUCCAGUCGACGACCUCAACCGCCUCUUUCUCAAUAUUCACCCAAUAUGUCACAGCUUCCUUCUGUUUCUCAAAGAUCAAAGUUAGUUAUUGGUACUAGCGCUACUCCCUCAAAUCUUAUCCCAACCUAUUCCGAAGAAUACAUUCCCCCUCUUCGAAAAUCAAUGGAAAACCUUCGUAAUAAAUCACAAAAUUAUCAUUCAACUUAUCAUUCUGAACGCAUUCGUUCAUUGUCAUACUCUGAGCCAUCGCCACCAUCUGCUGGUUCAGAUUCAAGUGCUCCUUCAUCUCCCUCUUCUUACAUAGGAAAACAGCAUGUUCCAAUUGUUUACCCUGCUUUACUUUCAAAGGUUGCCGAUGCAUUUCGUUCUAGGAUGAUUCUUACAAAUAGAAUGAAAGAUAACCUCGAAUAUAAAGAUUGCUUCGAUGGGAGAGAAGCUGUGUCUGUACGUAAGACGAAGCCAACUGCCAGCCUUAAACGUAGUGCUAGUCGUGGUUCUCUUUCAGACAAAAAGGAUCGAAAAUUAUGGAUUCAUACUGUUCUUCCUGAAAUUGCUAACUCAGUUUCUGAGACGGAAAAAAAGCGUCAAGAAGCUAUAAAUGAAGUUAUUUAUACUGAGAAAGAUUUUGUACAUGAUUUAGAAUACCUAAAAAAUUGUUGGAUGACACCUCUCUUAAUGCAAAAUAUUAUUUCUGAGUCUCGACGUGAAAUAUUUGUCAAUGAUGUUUUUUUCAAUAUACUGGAUAUUUACAAUGUUAAUUCUAAACUGAAUGAUGCACUUCAAAAACGGCAAAAUGCUUAUGCCAUUGUUGAACAAAUUGGUGACAUCUUUUUAGAAUAUAUUCCAUUUUUUGAUCCUUUUAUUCAGUAUGGUGCACAUCAAUUGUUGGGAAAAUAUGAAUUUGAAAAAGAAAAAAGCAAUAAUCCAGCGUUUGCAAAAUUUGUUGAAGAAACUGAACGUCUUCCUGAAUCAAGAAAAUUAGAGCUUAAUGGGUAUCUUACAAAGCCUACAACCCGUCUUGGAAGAUAUCCAUUACUCCUUGAAGCUGUUCUCAAAAAUACUCCUUGCGAUCAUCCUGAUAAAGUUAAUAUACCAAAGGUAAUCAAUAUCAUCAAAGAAUAUUUAACGAAUGUUAAUAUUGAGUCUGGGAAAUCGGAAAAUCGUUUCAAUUUACAACAAUUAAACGAUCAAUUGAUUUCUAGAGGGAAUGUGGAUUUGAAAUUGACUGAAGAAGGACGUCAGCUCGUCUUCAAGGGUUCUUUAAAGAAACCUACUCGAGCUGGUGAACCCUCAGAUUUACAAGUGUUUUUGUUCGAUCAUGCUUUAUUGAUGGUGAAAACUAAAACUGUAAACAAGGCUGAACAUUAUAAAAUUUAUCGAAAACCCAUUCCUCUUGAAUUAUUGAGCAUUUCAACAUCGGAAGGACAAUCUGAAACUGCCCGUGCGAAUGCGAAACGGCCACAGUCAAUAUUACACGGGAUGCCUGGAAAAGGGCAAGCAGCUACUCGUGGAAAUAGCAGUAAUCAAUUUGCAUUAACGCUAUGUUGUCUCGGAAAAAAGGGUUUUGCGGUAACUUUAUAUGCAACGACGAUUAUCGGUCGCAAAAAGUGGAUCGAACAUAUAGAAAAACAAAAAGAACUCAAUGAAAAGGGGAAGGUAUUUGAGAAAACUGUAUUAAUAGAAAAAAGACAUUUUCAUGAAACACAUAAGAUUCUUUGUGCCGUAUUUUUUGAUGAUUAUCGAAAAUUAGCCUUUGGUACGGAUAAUGGUGUAUAUGUGCUAGAUAUUGGUCAAAAUCAAAAAUCUGCAGUUCUAGCAUUGCAAAUAGAAAAAGUAUCUCAAAUUGAAAUUCUUGAGGAUUAUCGAUUAUUAUUUGUAUUAGCUGGUAAGGACAAAAGCCUAUAUUCAUAUCCAAUCGAUGCAUUGGACCCUGGUGAUACUAAUGGGGCCAGUAAACGUUCAAAAAAAAUCAACGCACAUACCAGUUUCUUUAAGUCAGGAACUUGUCGCGGAAAAACUUUAAUAACAGUU